UCUCAUCCUAUCCACCACCCACCAUGGCGUGGAUCAUCGGCCGCACCAUCGGCCGUGGCUCUUCCUUCACCGUCUCCCUCGCUAUGUAUAGCCAGUCUGGUGAGGUUCUCGCCGUGAAGUCUGUAGAGCUCUCGAGAUCGGAGUUCCUACAAAGGGAGCAGAGGAUUCUUUCUCUGCUCAAGUGUCCUCGCAUAGUUGCGUACCUUGGCUCCGACGUCACAAAUGAGAAUGGUCAGCUUGUCUACAAUCUCUUCAUGGAGUAUGUCUCCGGUGGCACCCUCACUGACGCAAUUCGACAACAAGGUGGUCGCCUCGACGAGUCUGCGAUCCGGUCUCACACGCAAGCGAUUCUGCAGGGGUUGGAUUAUAUGCACUCUCGCGGUCUCGUGCAUUGUGACAUUAAGGGUCGGAAUGUCUUGGUUGGACAAAAUGGAACCAAAAUUUCCGACUUGGGUUGCUCGAGAUGGGUCGGAGAACAGCCACCGGCGAUGCCGAUUGCAGGGACCCCUGUUUUCAUGGCACCUGAAGUGGCUCGAGGUGAUGAACAGAGUUUCCCUGCAGACGUCUGGGCACUUGGGUGUACCGUAAUUGAGAUGGCCACAGGACGUCCUCCAUGGCUGGAUGUUGCAGACCCGGUCUCUGCGCUUCACCGGAUCGCCUUCUCCUCUGAUUUGCCGGAUUUCCCAAGAUUCCUGUCGGAGGAAGCAAAGGACUUUUUGGGUAAGUGUCUUAGGAGAGAUCCAACGGAGCGAUGGACGGUUCAUGAGCUUCUGAAACACCCAUUUCUCGAAGAGGAUUGCCUCGAACAGUUGAAUUUGAAGCGAAUUCAGAGUUCUAUUUCUGCAACUUCUCCCAUGAGCAUACUCGAUCAAGGCAUCUGGGAAUCAUUGGAGGAAUCCGAGACAGAGAAGGAAGAAGCCACACCACUUCAUAUGCCCAACCAAUUGGAAUUAGUUUCUUCUUCAAAUUCUCCGGCAGAAAGAAUCCGGCGGUUGAUUGAAUGCACCCCAUCUUCUUCUUCUCCAACCCCAAGGCUACCCGAUUGGACAUGGGACGAAGAUUGGGUCACAGUCAGAAGAAAGAACCACGCGGAACACGUUGUUUGUGUGGGCCAUGAUCAAACCUGCAUGUCGCCAACAGACCAAUACGCGGAGACUAAUAGGUCGUCAUAUACACACUUGAUUAGAGACGAAGAAGAAGAGCUGGAGUUACUUGGAAGAAGCAGCACCACCGUUCACUACUCUGUAAAUAGUAGUAACUUUAAUAGUAGCAGUCAGAGACUUGUCUAUAUCCUGUAA